GACAGACUGCACUACCAAUGUCGCUCGUGUACUCUCGACGAUCUAGAGCGUCACGGUCUAUCAAAGGGACUCCGUGUACAUACACUCUUCUGUUCUAUGGAGGUUUAAAAUGCAAGCAUUCAGACUGCGACUUAUAAACCGUCAAUUCACACGAUCAACAUCAAUCGUCUACCAGCAGCACCAUCAUCAUCCUCAGCACCAUCACAACCAGCAGCACCAGCGCAGCAUGUCUACGACCACAUCCCAGAUCGUGCUCACGCCCCAGACCCACGGGAUCGUCCCGUUUCCGGGCCUGACGCCCGCCUCCGCCGCGGCCACAAGCGCCGCGCUGACCGAAAACCACGAGCGCAACCACAUAUACUUCAACAACGACGGUUUCCACAACCACAUAGCGCACUACCUGCUGGCGAUCUACUCACUCGGCGCCCCGGCGCCGCUCAUCCAGAGCGGCUACGAGCGUGAAUCCGCCUACCAACGUGCCCUUUUCGCGCUCCCAGCUCCACCGGCAAUCGACCUGGCCGAUCCCGCGCAGUGGGAGAAGUCCCUGGGCAAGGAUGAGUGCUAUAUCCCGUUCCUAAGGUACUUCUCGAGGGAGAUAGAGAUCUACGGCGUCGAAGACACCUUGAUAAACCAGCUGUUCGAUGGCUCGCCUAAAGCAGAGGAUAUGCUGGUCCGGCUGUUUGCGGGGUUUUUGCACCCGUUCAUACACAUAGGCUAUGGCCUCGAGUUUGGAUUGCCGGCGGUUGUGGCGGAGGGCCUGGCGAUGGCCGCCGUAGAGGCUAAUUGGCUUGGUGGUCUGCUGAUUCCGGCGGAGGUGGCCGCACGGGAGGCGAAGGACGACACCAGCGCUACCACGUUGGUAACGCUCCUUGACGAGAUCCGCGAAGAUGUCAAGCUCCGGGACGCACCCAAGUGGAGCGACGGGAACAAAAUCAAAGGGAUCCUGCAGCGGGCGCCGCAGGAGAUGCUCUCGUACCUCAGCCGGUACACGGUGCCUGUCGACAAGCUGCAGGCGAAGAUGGCAGAAAGCAUUAAUGCAGCUGCACUCUUUACCGCUGCGGCGCAGAGGGAGGAUAAGGAGAUCCGUAUUGAUUUUUACUACAUGCACUCCCACAACUCCUCCAUCUUCCUGCCGGCAUACCUCUCGCAGCCCUGGCUGCCGGACACCGCAAAGGCGCGCCUACUGGAAUGGAAGUCACGGCACGACCUAGCACUGUACGCCUCCCGGCGCUCGCCGGUCCUCCGCGUCGACGACAUCCGCAACUACACGGCCAAAGAAGCGUCUUCCGCCACCAAUCCAUGGCUCAACAUCAUCUCGCGGGCGCUAAAGCGGGAGGAUGACGGACACGUCGUCAAGUUUAUCCGCGCUUGUAUGCAUGGUGAGAGGAUUUGCGCCCAAUACCAGGAUCAUGAGAAGGAGGGCUUUGUCGUCCAAGGGGAUAUGUGGAUCAAGAUUGCGCAGAUGUGUAUGGACUCGGUCGAAGAGGAGGGCGUCCAGUGGGCCAGGAGUGUCGGCUUCGAUGAGGCGUGGGCGAAGUACGGGCCGAGGCGCAAGUACUAGGUGGUAGUUACUGAGUGACUGAGUGACUGUUGUUUUCGUCGCAUUGUAUUUACACUAGUAUACCUACCCCACUCAUUAUUCAAACCGUAUUCCAUUCAUUCCGUUCAUGCUUCCGUCUCGUCGUGGCCGAGUCGAGUCGAGUCGAGCGAAGCCUCAUGUUUAACCGCACUACCGGUGUGUAUGUACGAUGAGGUCCGCAGGCGCAGAGGAGGUUGGUCGUCUGUUGCGUGUAUGUAGAUCAGUUGCCGAUCUAUUAUUAGCAGCGCCGGCCAGAGAUAGACGAAGGUUACACGGAUGUCGACAUCUCUUGCAGACAGGCAGACAGACAGCGACAAGGCCCUUUGACUCUUGAGA